AUGGAUUGCCGAACCGCAAUUUCGGAUUCCAACGACGUCAGCGGCGGGAACAGCAGCACGUGCUGCGCCGGAACCGCCCCGGCGUCCCAGCCGCCGGAUCAGCCGAUCCCCGAUGCCGACGCAAUCAAGCGCCUCUCCGAUACACUGGAAUCGAUCUUCUUCGACUCCUCGUCGUCGCCGGACUUCGAUUUCUUCUCCGACGCGCGCCUGGUGGCUGCCUCCGGCAGGGAGAUCCCCGUCCACCGGUGUAUUCUGUCCGCAAGGAGCCCCUUCUUCAGGAACCUGUUCUCGAGCAGGGAGAGGAACGCGAAAUUGGAGCUGAAGGAGAUGACGAAGGAGUUCGCCGUAGGGUACGACGCGUUGGUGACGGUGCUGGGGUACCUUUACAGCGGGAAGAUCAGAGUCUCGCCCAACGAUGUCCGCGUGUGCGUGGACGAUGAGUGCUCCCAUUUGGGAUGCCGACCGGCGGUGGCGUUCAUGGUGGAGAUUUUGUACGCCUCUUUUGUGUUUCAGAUCAGUGAAUUGGUCGCCAGGUUUCAGAGAAAUCUGAUGGACAUUCUUGACAAGGCUACAGCAGAUGAUGUACUGAUAGUUCUUUUUGUUGCAAAUUUGUGCGGCACAGCAUGUGAAAGUUUGCUUGCAAGGUCAAUUGAGAUUGUUGUCAAGUCUGACCUUGAUACCAUAACUCUUGAUAAAGCAUUACCGUAUCAUCUAACGAAGCAAAUAAACGAGUCGCGUGCCGAACUUGGUUUACUAUCACCCAGAACCAAUGUCCUUCCUAACAAACAUGUUAAAAGAGUUCAUCGAGCUUUGGAGUCUGAUGAUGUUGAGUUAGUGAGAAUGCUACUCAAAGAGGAGCACACCAAUCUAGAUGAUGCGUAUGCCCUGCAUUAUGCUGUUGCUUACUGUGACUCAAAGACCACAACUGAACUUCUUGACCUGGCAAUUGCCGACAUUAACCAUAGGAAUCCAAGGGGAUACACUGUGCUUCAUAUUGCUGCAAUGAGGAAAGACCCGAAAAUUAUAGUAUCUCUUUUAACCAAGGGAGCUAGACCGUCUGAUCUCACUUCAGAUGGCAGGAAAGCUCUUCAGAUUGCUAAAAGGCUUACAAGGGCUAUUGAUUAUCAUAAAAGUACAGAAGGGAAAGCCACUCCAAAGGAGCGGUUGUGCAUAGAGAUUUUGGAACAAGCUGAGAGGCGAGAUUCGUUACUAGGAGAGGCUUCAAUGUCCCUUGCUAUGGCUGGCGAUGAUUUACGCAAACAGUUGCUGUAUCUUGAAAAUAGAGUUGCUCUGGCCAAACUUCUUUUCCCAAUGGAAGCUAAGGUUGCUAUGGAUAUAGCUCAAGUUGAUGGAACUUCCGAAUUCCAGUUAAGAAAAAUCAAUGAGAACAUGGUUGGGUCAAUGAGGACAGAGGUGGACUUGAAUGAAGCGCCUUUCAAGAUCAAAGAGGAACAUUUAAGCAGGCUGAGAGCUCUGUCUAAAACUGUGGAACUUGGGAAGCGAUUUUUCCCCCGGUGUUCAGCCGUGCUGAACAAGAUCAUGGACAGGGACGAUUAUCCCGAGAUAGCUCAGCUUGGAAAUGAUUCUGUUGAGGAUUGUCCCCUGAAGAGGCAAAGACGAAUGGAAAUCGAAGAGGUUUUAAGCAAAGCUUUCUCAGAAGAUAAAGAAGAAUUUGGCCGCACGAUUAACUUCUCGUCUCCUUCUUCUUCGUCGUCCGUGGGAAUCAUCAGACCACCAAACGGUAAGCUCAGUUUCAUGAACUGA